AUGAAAAUAUUUAAGUGGUCUACUGAUUUUGAUACAGGUAAGGAACUUCCUAUAGUUCCUAUUUGGUUAAAGCUCUCUGGACUAAAGCUCCAUUUCUUUAACCAUAAAGUUCUGUUUAACAUUAGAGAAGCCUUGGGUAAACCUCUUAAGUUGGAUGUUCCAACUUUUAAUUUAUCAAGACCAUCUGUGGCAAGAAUCUUAGUGGAAAGGGACCUUACUCUCCCAACUGUGGAUGAAAUAUGGUUGGGAACUGAACACAAUGGGUAUUGGCAGAAAAUCAUUGCUGAACAGAAGCCCUAUUAUUGUUUCCAUUGCUUCAUGUUUGGGCACACUGACAAUAAAUGUUUUAAACUACAUCCUCGCCUAAGGAUCGAUCAUCAUGCGGCUUCAAAAGAUGCUGCUAUGUCUGAGAGAGAAAGGGAUAUUUCUGAUAAGUGUCUUGGUGAAACCAUUUUUGAGAGGAAUGUCCAUGGUCCUGAUGAAACUAUCUUGGUCACCAAGGCUGCUGUGGCCAUUGAGACUGAAAAAGUAGACAAUCAGUUAAAUAUAGAUUGUCCUGACCAUUACUUGCUGAAUGUGACUAAAAAUUUACCUAAGGAGGCUAUUGGCCCUUCAAUAUGUCACCUUGAACCAUCUGCAAAACAGAUCAUAACCAGUGAAGAAAAUGCCCCUACAACCUCUGACCAAGAGCCCUUGAACUCUCAGUUGGAAGUUGGUGAGGUGGUUCAAAAGGAUUUUCCAGUGGACUCCACUUUAGUGGAGGUACUUCAGACUGCAUUGGCUGAUGAUUGGCAAACUCAAAAAGCAAGAAAACAGAAAAAGACCAUCCAAGAGUUAAAUAAUGUGAAGGGAGGAACUUAUUUACUCAGGGAUAGAAAUAUCCAUUUAGAAACCAAGGAGGCCAUGGCCAACUCUAGAAGGAGGGGUAAAUCCAUCUCCUUUGGAUGA